GCGAGGUCUUGAUAUCGGUGUAUUCGUAAUGGGAAGACGGUAGACAGAAAUGUUUUAACUUGGUGGUUUCUGGAGAUUUUGCUUACUUCAGGUCGAGGAAUGUCGGCGCCGAAAGAAGCGAAGUACCGCAAGAGGGCGGCCAGCGAGGCCAUGUCCGGGUACGAGUACGAGAAGAAGAUGCUGGCGCUGGUGACGCUGCGGGCCUCGGGUCUCGGGAGGCCCUUCCGGCUCGCCACGGGCAUGCACCACGCCGGCAGGUUCGACGACGUCGUCCUCUCCGUCGGGGGAGGAACGGACGCCCGCCCCAGAGUGCUGUGCGUCCAGCUGAAGCACAAGCGCGGGUUCACGGUCAGGACCGACACCCUCGCGGGCACCAACAAGGACUUCUCCCUGCUCAGGUACUUCGACGAUUACUGCGAGAUGAAGAGGCUCUACCCGCAAGAAGAAGAUCUCAAGUCGCUCGGUCCGUUUGACGAAUUCGCCGUGAUCAUCUACACCAACGCCAAGUCCGUCAUUUCGGAGGAAAUGCUCGAAAUUUCUUCGGACCACGGACUCCUGCUACCAACAGGAGGAACCGUCUUCAAGGUUCGCGAUGACAGCAGCUUGAGAAGACAUCUUGAAAAUCACUGCGGUGAUGACAAAUUGAAACUUGACAGUUUGGGAGAGUUCCUUCGUAAAUUUGAAUUACACGUCGGACAACCAGAUCACAGCAAACUGGACCAGUUAAUCACUGAAGACAUAGCAAAACGUUGCAAGGUCAGCCAAUGUGGUGCCCAAGAGAUACUGAAGAAAUUCAUGGCUUCAGUAGCUCAAUGGUGGGGCUCUUGUGAGAAUAAAGCAUAUUUUAUAACCAACAAUAAUUUGGAUAAACUGUUUCACGAAAUCAAUUUCAGAUUAAUUCCAGAUAUACCCAUACUUCCCAGCCACAUGAUGCAAUUUGAAAAUUUUGGCUUGGAGUUUCUGUCUGAUGAGUUAGAUAAGUUAUGUGCCGAAUUUUCUUUCAGCAGUGAGAGUACAAUGACAAUGAUUUUGGCACAAGAAACUUCUACCAGUCUGGCAUGCCUUAAAGUAAAACAAGCUGUUUCCACCAUUUUUAAACAUUCCAUAAUACUCGAUUUGGAUACAGCCUGGAGGUAUAAAGAUGAAGUGCUAAAUGUGUGGCCCAGUGAAUGGUGUCCUCUUCUUGUAAUAGAAUGUCCAGAAACGUGCACGCAACCAAAUAACAAAGACAAAAUACACAGCUUCAUUCCUGACCGAUGUCAAAAAGACAUCUGGCAUCUGAUGCUCAUAACUAAAGAGCGCCAUUUAUUAAAAAAUAUUUCUUGUUGUGAUAAAUUUACAACCAGUGCAAAGCAUGUAACAUGCGAAUUUCCUGAAUUUACAGCAAAGUCAAAAGAAAUCAUAAUGGAAAGGAAGAUCAUGUUUCAGGGCCAAGAUGUGUGCAUAGGUUCCAUUCUACACCUUGAUGAAACAACAGAAAGAACUGUCGGAAGUGUCUUAUUGGCUAGGCUUGUCGAUGAACGGGAGCCAAUAGAAAUAGGAAAGCCAAUUUCUGGACUUUUGCCAUACUAUGUGAGCCGCCAGGUACAAUUGUAUGAUUCUGUGUCUUUAGAUAUUCUGUGGACUGACCAACCAGUUUUGUUUGCUAUAAGUGGUGUAGAUCAGAAAGAUAUUGAGAAACUGUUGAAAGAGCAAGAGUUUUCGAGAAAUGGCUGUAGUGUACCUGAAUCCCCAAUGAAAAUUCUUAAUGCUACUGAGAACAUUUACCUUACAGAUGGAAACAAUCCUUCUUGUGAGCUUCAAUAUUUUCAGUCUACUUCAACCAGAUUUAUUAAAGAGAAUGUAAACAUAGGUAAUACAGUAAAUGUUUUUAAUAAAAAGUACAAAAUAUGUAAUUAUAUUACCAUUCAAUCUGAGAAAGAUUUUGAAGAUUUGUGUGGAUUGCAUCAAAAUGUUCACUGGUUACACAUGGCAGAAAAUAAGUUGUUUUGGCGCCAGUCACAUGGUGACACUGCAGUUGUCCACGAAAACUUUGAACGAAAUAAUACCACUAUUCAGGAUGAAAAUGAUUUUUGGAGAAUCUCCAGCAAGAACGUUGUUAUAACAGCCGAGCCUGGUAUGGGCAAAACCUCGUUACUGAAUCAUCUAAUUUAUCAGCAGAAAAAAGUCGAUACUUGUGCAUGGGUAGUGUGUGUGUCAAAUGACAAUACUAUGGAAGAAUGGCUCGCGAAAGACGAUAAAAUUCCAGGAAAAUCUUCAGCAGACUCUGUCCUUGUAAUAAAUGCUAUUAAAAAUGGUGAUGAGGCCGAGAAGGCUAUAUUCAAACAUGCUUUAGAUGUUUCUCCGGAAAAUAUAAUUGUGAUAGUAGACUGUGUAGAAGAAUUCUUUCCUGAGAGUGAAAACGCAUUUAAGAAUUUUAUCGUAGAACUUCAAAAACUUAAUCUCAAGAAAAUAGUAUUAUCUUCCAGGCAAAUGGAAGGAGUUGAUUUGAGGGAACUUUUACAAGUAACUGAAAUUUGUUUAAUGCCAUUAAAUCAACAAAAAUGCCAAAUGUUGCUUUCCAAGUACUGGAAAUUUUUGCAAGGGGAAGAUUUAGAUGAGCAAAGUCAAAAAAAUAUUGUUGAAGGAUUUAUAAAAACAACCGGCGGAGGUUUCGUUGCGAACCCUUCGCAUUUGGUAAUGCUUUUGGAGGUAUAUAAAAACAACCAUUCAAAUCAACUGCUCAAUAAUGGUAUUGACUUAUUUCAGUUAUUGGAUACUUGGAUCAGCAUGAAGACCGAUACAUCACUUUCAUGCAAGAUGGGCGAGAAUAAAAACUUGGGAAAACAAGUCGUUCAUGCUUACCAGGGAAGAAUUAACAAUAUUCAUAUGAUAACGUCGAUUCGGUCUCUACUUUCUGAUAAUGAUUUUCGAUGUUUUGUGGAAGAAAAAACGAGAAAUGAAGUCACGGAGUUUAUUGAGUUACUGACAACAGAAUAUUCAGAUUAUUUCAAGGCAGAAAUAUUAACUGGUGCCUUAAACGGAAAGCCAAAAUUUCUGCACAAACUGUAUGCUGAUUAUUUGUUUCCGCGGUGGUUGUUAGUAAAUUUGUCAGAAAACAUAAAUCUCUUAGAGAAAAUUAUUUUUUUUCAAAAAUAUUCUACUGUUAAAGAUGUAUGGAACCAACUGGUUUGCCAGAAUAAGCCGCUUCAUAAGGCAGUUCUCUGCAAAGACGUUCAACAAUUAUCAGAACUACUGGCCACGGGAAUAGUUAAUGUGAAUGCAAGGGACGAUGUUUGCAGAACCACUCUACAUAUUGCUGCUGGCCUGAGUGCUAAAGAUCAAGCCUCGAUAGUCCAGGAUCUGCUUCACCAUAAAGCAGACGCCUCAGCAGUUUACCAGUUUAAUAUGACUCCCGCCGCCAUCAAUUCAAACCCUUCGUCAAGUGACUGGGUGUUUCUAGGCAGCAUUCUCCAGCAUCAGACAGGGAGCUCGGAUAUCGAUACUGUGGUUAAAAUUCUCGCUGGAAAACCUGUUUCUGCAAUGAGUGGCAUCUACACAGCAUGCAGAUGUGGAUACGUCAACUUACUAAACAUUCUUUCUCGAGUAGUUGACACCACUGAUCAAGCAAUACAAUUAACUUUAUGCGAGAUUCUACAUUUUGCUUGCCGUGCUGGUCAGUACGAAAUAGUUAAAUGUUUAAUUGAUCAAUUUGGAAUGCCGCCUGAAAUAAGACAUAAAUUAUUCAGGUCCCCUUUACACGCAGCAUGCAUGGGUGGAUCUUUGCAGAUUGUAAAAUAUUUAGUUAAUGAUAAGAAUAUCGAUCCCAACGAAGAAAUAGGUGGACUGGCACCUGUGCAAUGUGCUGUUUCAGACGCGAAACUUGAAAUAAUGAAGUACUUGAUUAAUGACCACGCCGCAGAUGUUAAUGUUCAAGAUGUAUGGGGUAAAACACUUCUACACCUAGACGUUGAAAAUGACAGUGUAGAAACAAUCGAAAUAGGUGGGAUGGCACCUGUGCAAUGUGCUGUUUCAGACGCGAAGCUUGAAAUAAUGAAGUACCUGAUUAAUGACCACGACGUAGAUGUUAGUAUUCAAGACGUAUGGGGUAAAACCCUUCUACACCUAGCCGUUGAAUAUGACAGUGUAGAAACAAUCGAAUACUUGGUGAAAUGUUGCAAAAUGGAUGUCAAUAUCGCAGACAACUCUGGUAACACCCCAAUCAGGUACGCGCAAAUUCUGGGAAGAAGGAGAGCGUAUUCGUUUUUAAGGCAUGAAUGCGAAACAACAUAGUGACUUUUCAUCAUUAUUUAUUUUAUGCAUGUAUCUGCUUCAACGUAUCUGCUUCAGUAACUAGUAAUAUUUAUUUUGCAGUUACUACUAUUUCCUGCUAAGAUAUAGGUGGUGUAAUGUAUAAAAUGUUACUAUCAUAACAAACUGUUUUUAUCCCAUACUAAUGUUAUUGACUGCAAUUAAAAUAAAUAGUUAAUUCGAGUGGAUCUCAAUAUCUUAUUUUACAUUGUGUGUGUGUUCUUCCUAGGCUAUUAUUACACAGGCCCGUGUGCCGAACCUAUCCCACAAGACACGCGCCUCGCCCGUUGACCCAAGUGAUUCUAACAAAAGUGUGGGGGUGCAUCAUUGAUUCACCGUACACUGAGCGAGUCAUAGAGACCUGGGUUUCUAGCCGCGCACACACUAAAUGCCUCGGAUGGCAGUAGUCUUCAAGGACUGCAGUGAGCGGACAGUCUGGCAGAGUGAGCCACUGUCUAACCUAGCUCAUAAGUGACUGAUCGGCGUGAGACUGUUUUUUUUAUGACUGAGAGAGUCCUUCUUUGAAUUUAAAGUGUAAAUAUUAGUAGCAAUUAAAACUGUAUAAAACACUUUUACCCU